ACCAGCCCGGGACCAUAGCUGGCUAGAAACUAGCCGUCGGACCAGAUCUGCAUCCAGUGCCGGCUGAAAGUGAACUUCUUCAUGCUGCUAUGCAUCAUGCCCGUGCCUGUCGCUAUCAGGAACAAUGACAAACGUCACCACCGCCGUUACGCAACAGGCUGGCAUAGCACUCUUCUUUCGCACGAAGAGGUCGGGAUGGUACUACGUGAAAGGGUGAGGAACUUGAAGCUAGGGGGCUUUACCUUAUCUGCGUUCACGAUGUAUGUAAAUCUUUCAGGGAUACAGUUUUCACGUCGAUGUCAUCAAUCGAAGUGCGAGAAAACCACAAGAUAAAUACAGCUAUUCUGGCUGUCCUGGGUGCCACAUCCUUUUGGUGCUCAUCCCAACCCACAUGGUACUAGUGAUUUCUUGGGCGACAAUUGUGACUCUGAGAGCUAUCUCGAGUGCCAUCAUAGCCAUAGGGCUGGUGUUGACGGUUUUUAGACUCACCUACCGUGUUUGGUUGAGAAGAUUCUGGGUCGAGGAUGCUUGGGCAGUCGUCGCGUUUCUAUGCGGGAUAGCCAUGUUGACUUCUUCCUGGACCUACGUUACCGGAGACAACGAAGACGAAAUUAUUUCAUUCUGGAUAUACUCAUUUUCUUACCCCUCCGUCGUGUGGGCUGUCCGGGAAAGUAUAUUGUUCUCCAUCGUUCGCAUUGUGUACGCAACGCAGCACCUCCGUCGCUUGAUACUUGGUCUGGGAGUUCUCUUCCUCUGUUUGUGGGCAGGUCUUGUUGCACAGAGAGCGUGGCAGUAUGGGCACAACACCAGUUGGUACAACACCGCGACAACUGGAAAGGUGCACGCAUACAUGUCACGACCCGCGGUUACGUUUGAACUGAUAGUUGACUGCUUAUCCGACGCGAUACUGAUCGUUCUCCCAUUACGCUUACUCUGGAGUCUCAAACUACCAAAAAGACAGAGGCGGAUGAUUUUGGCCAUAUUCUCCUCCGGCAUCGUCGUAACCAUUGUAUCCAUCUUCCGGGGCAUUUGUCAGAUAGCGAGAUACGGGACUGUGCUGAGCUCUGCGACAAGCUUCCAGAUAGCAAUGUCGCUUCUUGUUUGCAACCUUCUUGUCGUAGUCACGUUCCUGUACCGCAUAUUUGGUUUUGCAGGUGCGGACGAUGGGGUCUCUAGCGAUGACGAGGAUUACUCGACGCAGAGAAUGACACGGACCAUGACGCGAAUCACGCCGCGAACUACUACGCGGGAAGCUUUUACCACCGUCGAAUUGAGCGAUCUCGGGUCAGGAAGUGACGAGCGGAGAAGGUCGAACAAUCAAUCUACACUCCAAAGGCAAGAAAUUUGUUAAUACUGCGUAGCAGAUGUUUGAUCUAGUUUACCUUCCUGUCGAAGAUUCGACAGAGUGUAACCACAAGCAGGGUUUUCCCGUGACAUUAUCAAAGCGUUGUGAAGCUUGGAUAUG